UUUUGUGACCAACAAGUAUGUGCUUCGAUCACUCUAUUACAAAAAAAUAAGAGUUGUAAAAAUGAUUGGAAACUCAAGACAGCCAUGAAAUUAUGUUCUUUACAAGUGUAUGUAUCUUCAGCUCUCGCUGGAUCGGUUCGCACCCGAGUGUGAAGCGACCGGAAUGAGAAUCAGCACCUCCAAGUCCGAGUCCAUGGUUCUCGCCCGGAAAAGGGUGGAGUGCCAUCUCCGGGUUGGGGAGGAGACCCUGCCCCAAGUGGAGGAGUUCAUGUACCUAGGAGUCUUGUUCACGAGUGAGGGAAGAGUGGAUCGUGAGAUCGACAGGCGGAUCGGUGCGGCGUCUUCAGUAAUGCGGACGUUGUACCGAUCCGUUGUGGUGAAGAAGGAGCUGAGCCGGAAGGCAAAGCUCUCAAUUUACCGGUCGAUCUACGUUCCCAUCCUCACCUAUGGUCAUGAGCUUUGGGUCAUGACCGAAAGGAUAAGAUCACGGGUACAAGCGGCCGAAAUGAGUUUCCUCCGCCGUGUGGCGGGGCUCUCCCUUAGAGAUAGGGUGAGAAGCUCUGCCAUCCGGGAGUGACUCAAAGUAAAGCCGCUGCUCCUCCACAUCGAGAGGAGCCAGAUGAGGUGGUUUGGGCAUCUGGUCAGGAUGCCACCCGAACGACUCCCUAGGGAGGUGUUUAGGGCACGUCCAACCGGUAGGAGGCCACGGGGAAGACCCAGGACACGUUGGGAAGACUAUGUCUCCCGGCUGGCCUGGGAACGCCUCGGGAUCCCCCGGGAAGAGCUAGACGAAGUGACUGGGGAGAGGGAAGUCUGGGUUUCCCUGCUUAGGCUGUUGCCCCCGCGACCCGACCUCGGAUAAGCGGAAGAUGAUGGAUGGACAAGUGUAUGUAAACUUUUGACCGCAUACGAUUGUUCAAAAGCACAAUUGUGCAUACACUUUUUUCCUUUUUGUUUUUCCUUUUUUUCAUUAAGUUUAACUUUUGGAAUAUUGGCUUUGUGAUCUCCCUGUAUACAUUUACACCAAUGAUUCUUGCGGCUCAUUUCUGCAGAAGGUAGAUUGGGUUUAAAUAUGUUUUAACAGGCACUCGCUUAUUCAUCCGAUUAGUCCAUUAAUUCAACAAACUGAUUGAUUAGUAAAAUAAUUGAUGGUUGCCAGAGAUUUAAAAUGGAUUCAUUAUUAUUUUUUAUUGCGACAGCCCUAGUGUUAUUUUUCAUAUUGGAAAUACAUUACAGGUAAUUUGGUACUCAAUCACUUUCAGCAACAAAAGCGGCAAAAUUCCCCUCAUUAUGUAAAACGCUGCAUAUAAUUUGUUGUAACGCUUCAGUUAUGUAAUAAAUAUUGAAGUGUUCCAUUAAUGAGGGUGAUUGACUUGCAAUAUAAAAAAACAAGAUGGCUGUUGCUCAUUAGGACACUUGGUCCGCGUUUGGAGGGCCGGUUGUCUGAGGGGACAUCUGUCGCCAUCCUCUGAGGUUGUGACGGCUGAUUAGUCCCUGUGGGACGAAGGUGUUGACGUGCCGUGGUGACCUUUGACCUGAGGGACCCCUGACGCAACAGGCAAUUACCAUCUGUCAAUCAAAACGAGGCAGAGGAAACGUAAGGCUUUCACCCGCCAAUUGUCAGGUGUCAGUCACCGCUCAGGGGGCGGGCCCUCUGACAUCAUCGGCCGCGGCUCUUCGGGGUCAAUAAGAACCGGCCGGGUUUGUCGUUUGAUGCCACGCGUGAUUGUGAUGAUCAUGGGAGGCGUGCUGGAGAACCACUCGGACACGGUGUUCUUCCUUCACGGCCUCAACGAGUCUGCGUCCAGCCGUCAAAUCUACUUCUCCCUGGCGCUGGCGUCCUACGUGGUCACGCUGCUGGUCAACGUGACGCUGAUUGUGACCGUGUGCGUGGAGAAGACACUGCACGAGCCCAUCUACAUCUUCCUGUGCAACCUGUGCUUCAACGGCAUCUUCGGCGCGUCCACUUUCUACCCCAAGCUGUUGAGCGACCUGCUGGCCGAGGCGCACGUCAUCUCGUACGCCGGCUGCCUGACGCAGAUCUUCGCCGUCUACGGCUACGUCUUCUGCGAGUUCGCCAGCCUGACCAUCAUGGCGCUGGACCGCUACGUGGCCAUCUGCUGGCCGCUGCGGUACCGCGCUGUGAUGACGCCGCGCAUGGUGGCGCAGCUCCUGGCGCUGACGUGGUGCUUGCCGCUGCUGGAGACGGCGAUUGGCGUGGGCCUGACGGCGAGGCUGCCGCUAUGCGGCCGCCACAUCCACAAGUUGUUCUGCACCAACUGGGUGGUGGUCAAGCUGUCGUGCGUGGACACCACCGCCAAUAACAUUUACGGCUUCGCGCUCAUUUUCUUGCACAUCUCGCAGGCGGGCCUCAUCGUGGUGUCCUACGGCCACCUGGUGCACGCCGCCGUUAGGUCACAGUCCGUCCGCCGCAAGUUCGUGCAGACGUGCAUGCCGCACCUGCUCACUCUGCUCAUCUUCACCGGCUCGCUGGUAUUCGACGCCUUGUUCUCCCGCUACGGCGGCGGCGGCCAGCUUCAGAUUCUGCAGAACAUGCUGGCCGUGGAGUUCCUGGUGGUGCCGCCCCUCGUUAACCCCGUCAUCUACGGCAUCAACCUGCACCAGAUUCGCUGGCGCAUCGUCCGCAACUUCACGCAGAAAGACGUCGCGCUACCCGACUCGCACUGACACCUUUUCUUUUGGAUUCUAUUUGUUCACACACAAACGAGUUGAACUCUGCUUGAUUGGUUUUAUUCUUGGAAAUGUUGCGUUCGUGUAAACAUCGGUGGCGCCAAACAUAAAAAGAAAAAAAAAAAAAAGUCAACUUGUUACCAUUGAAGAA